AUGGACCUAACCAAGGCUGUCGAACAGCUCCGGCAAGGGCAAAAGCCGCAAUGGCCGGCGACCUGCGAGUCAUUGGAGUUUGCGCAAUCUCUCGAUGCGAGUAAGGGAAUUUCGUCAACUCUCCGCCAGAACUUCAUUGUACCGAGCAAAGCGCAAAUUCGGCGGAAAACUCUCAAGGACGACACUCAAACGGCGCAUCCAGCAUCAAAUUCAGAGGAUGAGGCGAUCUACUUCUGCGGCAAUUCUCUAGGUCUGCAACCAAGAGCUGUGGGCGAGCACCUGAACGCAUAUCUCAAAACAUGGGGUUCAAUCGUCGUUGGUGGUCACUUUACCGCCCUUGAAGACUCCCCUCUCACACCCUUCCAAGACAUGGCGGCUGCGUGCUCAAGCAAGAUGGCAGACAUUGUAGGUGCUUCGCCCUCGGAAAUUGUCGCAAUGAACACUUUGACCAUCAACCUGCAUUUGAUGAUGGCAGCCUUUUACAAACCAAUGGAGAAGAAGCACAAGAUCAUGUGCGAGUGGCGGCCUUUUCCCAGUGACUGGUACGCCAUCGAGUCACAGAUUGAAUGGCAUGGUCUUGACCCAAAGAAGAGUAUGCUGCUAGUGGAACCGGACGAUGGGCAUAUCAUUACAACAGACAACAUCCUCAGACUCAUUACCGAUAAUGCCGAUGAACUUGCUCUCAUCAUGUUGCCCGGUAUCCAAUACUACAGUGGCCAGCUUCUCGACAUCCCUACCAUCACCGCACAUGCACGCAAACACAACAUCACCAUCGGAUGGGAUCUAGCACACGCCGCCGGUAACGUCGAACUCAAGCUCCACGACUGGGACGUUGAUUUUGCCUGCUGGUGUACAUACAAGUAUAUGAACGCUGGUGCCGGUGCUAUCGCGGGUGCUUUCAUCCACGAAAAGCAUGGCAACAAUGACCACUACAAGGGGCUAAAGGGCUGGUACGGCCACGACAAGUCCUCUCGUUUCUUGAUGGACAACAAAUUCGUCCCCACACCUGGCGCGCAAGGCUUCCAAUGCUCCAACCCCUCAAUCGUCGAUCUCACAUGCCUGGCCGGCGCCCUCAGCGUCUUCGAGAAGACCUCAAUGGCCGAUCUUCGCUCAAGAUCACUACUCCUGACCGCAUAUGCUGAGCAUCUUCUUUCCCAAAUAGCCGCACGCAACUCAACAGACGGUGCUUCUCCCUUCCAAAUCAUCACACCCUCAGAUCCUCGUUUCCGCGGCGCACAGCUUAGUGUUCUAUUACCAGAAGAUAUCUUCGAUGAUGCGAGUGCGGCGUUGGUUGAGAAUGGUGUUGUCUGUGAUAAGAGGAAACCUGGUAUCAUCCGUGUAGCACCUGUGCCAUUGUACAAUACAUUUGGCGAUGUGUGGAGGUUUAUGCGGGUAUUUGAAGAGGCGAUACGGGAGAAGAGGCAGGAGAGACAUUCACAAACGAUGCCGGCGGUUGAGGCGCGGCUAUAA